CUUCGAAUUGCAUGAAAAUAUCCCACCAUCAUAUAACGGUUCUCAUUACACAUAAACAGUGACCAACCACUGACAACAACAACAACAACAUCACUAUUAGUCGUUCCACAUAACAAACGACGACCCGAACAUGAAAUUCCAGUUCUCGAAACACUGAAUCAUUGGACACAAACAGACACAAACAGACAUAGUUUUAGUAAUAGAUAAUAAUAUCAUGGCACACCACCAUGCAUGCAUGCACGUAGCCAUUGCUAGGGCAACAGCCACAAAAAAAACACCACUCGAUCUUCUACUUCUUCUCCAUGGCCUCGACGCCACCUUCCUCCUCACCAUCAUCCUCCUCAUCGGAAUCAGUAUCAUCCUCGUCGUCCUCCGACUCGAAGUCGCCAACAGCGGAGACGAAACCAUCAUGGGCGACGUAGAUCGUCACCUUGGUCUGCGGCAGUCCGUCCUUGGAGUAAAACCACUUCCUCUCCGCAUCAAAGCCAGCAAUCCCCGAACCAGCCUCAGCAGCUACAUCAGUCUUAUUGUUGUUGUUGUUGUCAGUUUCUUCACGUUCGAGGGCGACGAAGAGACGGAGGGCGACGUCGGCGAUCUUGUCCACGAUGGCGACUUUGUCCUCGGGGUCCGGGAUCUUCAUGGGGAGGAACGACUCGACCAUCUUGCGCACGUGCGGCAUCGCUGUGUCCUCGUUCAGCAUCGGCUCGAGCGGGAGGGUGAACAUGCGCUCGGCCUCCUUCGUGACGAGCGCGCCGUUGGGGCCGGUGGCGGUGGUCACGAUCGCUACCACUUUUAGGUGGAAGUUCUUGUUGGUCGCGCCGCUGCCUGCCGCCGCCGCCGCCAUGGUGUGGAGGAUGAUGUGAAUGUUUGUGUGACGAUGAAGUGAUGUUAACGUAGGGAAUUAUGUG